AUGGGAGUGCUAGGAAGUUCCUUCUGGCUACGGUACGGAUUCUUAAAAGGAGAUAUCGUUAUGAUCAUCGUGAACGUUAUCGGCGCAUCGUUGUUCUUCUUAUAUUGCGUGUUCUAUUUGACAUUCGCGACAAAUAGAUGCUCCUUCGCCAUGAAGUUCGGCUUCGCUCUAUCAACGAUUGGAGCAAUGUGCGCUUGGAUUCAUCAUGACCCAAAUAUCAACUAUCUUGGUGUAGCUUGCAUGACAUUCAACAUUUUGAACUUCGCAGCACCAAUGGCUGGUUUGGGAGUCGUACUGCGAAAACGUUGCUGUGACACAUUGCCAUUGCCGAUGUGCAUCGCUAAUCUGCUCGUCUCAUCGCAAUGGUUUAUCUAUGGAAAUAUGGUGUGGGACAACUAUAUCAUGGUACCCAACGGUAUCGGAGUUGGGCUGGCUAUUAUACAGCUCAGCUUCUUCUUUAUUUUCCCGCGAAGAGAAAACGGGAAAUCAAUGGUAUCGCAUGUGGCCGGCUUCUUCACGGCACCUGAAGAGCCUGUCGACAUCGAAAAAGGCGAUCGUAUUUCAACACAAACAACAUCUACCGGUAUUUCAGUGGCCAAUGGGCACAGCUUGAUGAGGAAGUUCUCCGAAGUUCUUGAGUGA